AUGGUAGUCAAAAAAUCAAGCACAAAAACAGUAAAGAAACUCACCAACAGAAAACGCGUGGAAAAGCCAAAAAAUAACAGUCACGAGUACGACGAUCGAGAAAAUCAAAAUGUUGAUGAAUUAACUCUAGAUGUGGGUGAAUGUGAUAAAGAAACAUCAACAAAGAAAACAACUUCAAAACGUAAAACAAUCACGCUCGAAUCAAGUUCUUUUAAAAAAGCCAAACAAGUAAAAGCAAACAAGAAGCAUCCAAGCGACAAUAAUUUUGUAGCUGAUCAAACAUCAACAUGUAAAGAAUCUUUUGAUAUGCAUCUUGCCUCACUGAAAAACAAGUAUGCCGGAUGGUGUGCCAAACAUCCUAAUGGGUACGUGACAGAGGACAAACCACCUCAACGAAAUACUACGCCUGAAUUUUGGAUCUGCUGCGCUGAGGAUUGA